UCCUGACUUUUAAAGCCCGUUCUUCCCUCCCCACUUCCACGCUCUCUCAGAUGACCAGACUUUCCUUCCGCUCUCCCUCCCGAAAUUCCGGAGGAUUUCUUCAUAAUAUUCACGGAAUAAGAUACGGUGGCAAUAUAAAAGAGGGCCGAUUGCGCCAUAUAUCGAAGGUUAGCGGCGAAUAUCCAGCGGCAAAGCAGAGAUUCCCCUCUAUUGAUUUCCUUCAUAAAGCGAUUGUCUUUGUGGUACCCUCACUCGCCCAUCUAUUGAGCUGAAGCCUCUUCAGCUCAGUCUCUGUUGAUGUUUAUGGAAAGUGAAUCGGUCGCGUGAUGUUCUAUAUUCUGUCCUUAUUCUGCCAUCUGAAUUCUGAGCUGUGAAGAAAUUACGCGUUCAGAUCUUAUUCUGCUCUAACACUGUUCGGUAGUUCGGAAGCCGGAUUUAGUCUUGAAUUCGGAGUUGUUCAUCUAAAGAGAAGUUUGAGUUGAUAAAAGUGAAAUAACGAUGCAGUCAAGGGGAUCAUUGGAAGAGGGGAAAGACCUUUCUGUUAGAUCAACAAAUCAAUAUAAGCCACUACCUCUAAGAUUACUUCAGUUUCUUCUUUUGUUUCUGGGUAUCUGUGUUGCAUUUUCACUUGUUAGUAUGUACACAGUCCGUUAUUUUGGAAUCCAGACUACAGUUCCUAUGUUACAAUCCGGACUUGAGUCGUGUUAUCAAGAAAUAAGUAGUUUGGAGAAUUGGAUUAGGCCUCCAUCACAUCUUUUGCAUAAUCUAAAUGACACGGAGCUAUUAUGGCGAGCUUCGUUUGUACCACAAGUGAAGGAUUAUCCUUUUAAGAGAAAACCCAGGAUUGCAUUCAUGUUCUUGACUAGAGGGCCUCUGCCUUUGGCCCCAUUGUGGGAGAAGUUUUUUAAGGGAAAUGAGGAGCUCUAUUCAAUCUAUAUUCAUUCUUUGCCAUCUUAUACACCCGAUUUCAACACUUCAUCAGUGUUUUAUGGUCGACAAAUACCUAGCCAGGUAGCAGAGUGGGGAAGGAUGAACAUGUGUGACGCAGAAAGGCGGCUUCUUGCUAAUGCGUUACUUGACAUAUCAAACGAAUGGUUUGUCCUCCUUUCCGAGGCAUGCAUUCCUCUUCAUAACUUCAGCAUUGUUUAUCACUACAUAUCAAGAUCCAGAUACAGCUUCAUGGGUGCUGUUGAUGACCAAGGACCUUAUGGGAGAGGGCGUUACAAUGCAAAAAUGUCACCCACGGUUAACCUAACCGAUUGGCGUAAAGGGUCCCAGUGGUUUGAAGUAAACAGAAAGUUGGCCGUUGACAUCAUCAAAGAUGAGGUUUACUACCCCAAGUUUGAGCAGUUCUGCAGGCCGGCUUGUUAUGUGGAUGAACACUACUUCCCCACCAUGCUGAGCAUGGAGUCUCCUGGCCUCCUUGCGAACCGGAGUCUGACAUGGGUCGAUUGGUCAAGGGGCGGGCCUCACCCCGCUACAUAUGGCAAGGGUGACAUUACUGAUCAACUGUUCAAGAAGAUAUCUGACAAGACAUGCUUUUACAACAACCAGCUGACCAAUCUCUGCUUUCUUUUCGCGAGAAAAUUUGCUCCCAGUGCUUUGGACCCUUUGCUAGAACACUCAUCCAAAUUCAUGGGCUUCUGAAAAGCCACUUCCUUUUUUGUGUGUAUGAAAUGACCAUUACUAUACCAUACCCUUACUUGGGGUGAUUACAUUAUUGAUUCGUGCCCAGGAAUGUUUCUAGUAGUAAUUUAGUAGGGAUGAUGCACGCCCUCUCUAAAGUCUUUCCCCGGAGUGUCAUUUAUUGAAGUCAAGAGUGGACAAGUAAAAUAGAGGAGGCUCU